UCUCUCUCUCUCUCUCUCUCUCUCUGGCUUAAGGGCGAGGCUUUUGUUAAAUUGCCUUUUAAACUCUGAGCAUAACCCCCCCCUCUCUCUCUCUCUCUCAAAGUAUAUUUUUUAUUUUAUUUUUAUAAUUAUGCGUUAAAUAUCCAGAAGCAAUUUUAGAGUUUUUUAUUUGACAUUUUACUUUUCACUUUAUUACACUUUCACCCCUCUUUUUAGUUUUUACAAUUUUCAUUUUCCCCAAUAUGUGUCUCGAAUUUCUGGUAACCUAUUGAUGCUGACGUGGUACACAACGAGUCAUGAGUGCAAUAAUGCUGAACCAUCCACGUCGACACUUGACGUCCGUGCCGUCAAAUAAGCGGAAAGACAGAGACGGCCUUGACGCCGUGAAACCGUUAACAACCUCAAAGCUAGCCAAGCCGAGUGUUCAUAGAGCUGACAAGCCGACCACUCCCAGACCUUCCCAGCCGGAUAUGAAUAAUCAGCUUCUGGCUGGUUAUUUGGCUCACGAGUUUCUGACGAAGGGCACUCUUUUCGGUGAGCCGUGGGAUCCAGCUCGAGCCGAGGCUGUGCCUGUAUCAACAGAUUCAGCCGAGUUUAGGAAGCAGAAGUAUAGCCAGAAAGCAGAUGAAGCGAGUGUGAAGUCCAAUGCGGGUGUAGAGAAGUAUCAGAGGUACGUAGAAGUAGCGGAUCUGCUCAAGGGAAAUGGGGCCCACUUGCCUGGUAUUAUCAACCCGACCCAUCUCUCUCGUUUUAUGAAGCUGUGAUGAUGCGUUUGCACCACGUGGAGGGGAUUCAUUGGUUUAUACUCUUCUGCUUGGAAAAAUCGGAUCCAUGUGGAACUAGGGAAUCUGCUGAAGACCGGUGGGGCCCACCUCAGAGCGUCGAUCCAACUCCAACUUAGCUUUCUUUUUAUUGGUGACCAAUGUGAUGUGUCGGAUUGCUUAUCCGUUGCACAUGGGACAUGGUUUUUUUUUUUUUUU